AUGUCCGACUCGCGCUCAGGGCCGGUCUCACUGGCACGAUAUCGACCUUUCCUCUACCUUUUCACCGGUGCUGCUGCUGCCUUUGCGAUUCUCUAUGUCCACAACAAUGUUCUUUCGCAGUCAUCAGCGGCCCCGAUUCGACGUCGAAACGCUGUGCGGCGCACAAGGCGGACCGAACUUGAAGAACUUGGGAUUGCCGACACUCCGUCCUACCGAGCAAUUACCCACCUCGAACAGCUAGAGCGGCAAAAUGGGGUGUAUGGAACUUUCCGGAUUGAAACCGAGGAUGGACGACGUGUGGAAAGCGGUCUUCUUCCAUCGCUACUGGCAACCCGCGACCAACUGAUGGAAGAAGUCGGCGUGCCCUCUGCCCAUGCAGAGCGCAUGCGCGAAAUGAUGGAAGACACAUUUUUGGAAUCUUUCCUUGCGCUUGAUUUUCCCUCUGCGCACACUCUGCCGGAAGGCACGCCCGAACGAACAUACCUAACUGAGCAGCUUCAGCAUCGCGGUAUCUCCCAUGCGGGUAUCGAGAGAGCUCUGGUCCGCUUUAACGGAGACGAAAACUACGGCGAGGAAUUGCGUCGGCGAAGACAGAAUGGCGAACGUGUCACUCUCUCAACCUCAACCUUCCCUGACGUGUCGGUACCGCCGCAAAACCAGGAUGGCGGGGAGACCAUGGUGGACGAUCAGAGUGUGUUCUCAUGGCGUGAUGGGAAUAAUGACCCGUCGAAUCGCGAGGGCCAGAACUUGCUCAACCUGCUAUACCAUAUCGCAGAGGAUCAGGCGCGCAGAGAUGGUUACAUUCAUCGAGGCGUGACUUGCAACAGCUGUGGCGCCAUGCCUAUUCAGGGUAUCAGGUAUCGGUGUGCGAAUUGCAUUGAUUACGAUCUUUGUGAGACAUGUGAGUCGAUGCAAGUGCACAUCAAGACUCACUUGUUCUACAAAGUGCGGAUUCCAGCUCCAUUCCUUGGGAAUCCGCGUCAAUCCCAGCCGGUCUGGUACCCUGGAAAACCCACCAUGCUCCCCCGCAGUCUCCCAAGGCCUCUUGCGAAGCGUCUCAUGAAGGACACCAACUUCGAAAACACAGAGCUAGAUGCUCUUUGGGAUCAAUUCCGCUGUCUCGCAAAUUAUGAGUGGGCGGACGACCCUAACAAAUUGCACAUGGCCAUUGAUCGUAAAACCUUCGACCGUUGCUUUGUGCCCAAUACCUCUAUCCGACCACCCCCUCCUAGUCUCAUUUACGACCGAAUGUUCGCAUUUUACGACACCAACGGAGACAAUCUCAUUGGAUUUGAGGAAUUCCUGAAAGGAUUAGCCAGUCUCAAUAAUAAGAGCAAUGAUGAAAGGCUGCGACGCGUGUUCCGCGGUUAUGAUAUUGAUGGAGAUGGCUAUGUCGAACGCAAGGACUUCCUCCGUGUCUUCAGGGCUUAUUAUGCAUUAAGUCGAGAGCUCACUAGGGAUAUGGUUGCUGGCAUGGAGGAUGACUUCUUGGAGGGUGGAGCUCGCGAUGUGGUUCUCGGCAGUCAACCCAUCAGCUCCGCAUUCCCUGGCAGCAUUCCUUCGGGCGAGCGUUCGCGUGUAGGCGAAGGCAAAGUCCUGAACUCGUAUGGCGACAUGGAAAUCAUUGACAACGGAGGGAUUCUACAGCGGGACGGGGAUGACACUGGUGAUCGUCAUUCUGUUGUGGGUGAUGCUGCCGUAAGGUCACAAUUUGGCCGAGUGCGUCCAUUGUUCCCGUCCACCCUACGGCUACCGCCUGAUGACUCUACGCCUCGCCCCGCCAAUGUGGCGGAGGGCGACGAGAACGAUGAAGAUGACGAUGAUGACGACGACGACGCUAGCGAUACCAGUGGGUCAGACCAAUCCAGCUCAUCUGUGGCAAGCGCAUGGCCUCCAGCGGAGCACAUACUCGAGGAAGAUAUCAUCGAAGCCCUGGGUACCUAUAUUCCCCCGCAGGAUAUCACAGACCCCAUCGAUCGGGCUCGCGUUGCAGACGCAGUCUACCAAAGAAUGCGCGAGGACGACCAGAGACGCGUGUUUGACGCUCGCCAACGCGGAAUCGAUGAUCGCUGGAGACGUCGGGCCUUUUACACGGAUGAGGAAGACGGCGCAACCGCCCCUGAUGGGUUCGAAACAGACCCAGCCAUCGAUGACUACAGCGAUGAAGACGAUCUAGAUGAACCCGAAUCUCACCCACCAUCCCCCCGCUCGCGGUCCUCGUCGAAGGUGCGGUUCCAGGAUGAUCUGGCUGAUGACUACGAUACUCGAUCUAAUCCAUCAACCUCGUCGCGGAGCAUUCCCGUUGGCGAGCGAUGGGGCGGCUUUGAGAUCCCAGAGGUCGAAAGGGACGUCGGGAAAGAGAUUCUGUAUCAGGUCACACAGCAGGGCUUUAACGAGCUCCUUGACAUCCUGUUCAAGCCCAGGGAAGAUCUUUUGAUGGAGGUUUACCGCACACGGGCCGAUCGUAAGGUCUGGGCUCGUGAAAUAGAACUCGCUGAAAAGGAGGAUCCUUCGAAACGCACUCAGCCCGAUAUUCCCAGUGAGGAGCGCCUUGAGGAAAUUACCAAUGAAAAGCCCCUUGACGAUCUACUUCAGCUGGCCGGUUAUUCGGUGCAAAGCCCCGUCCUUGCCGCCAAUGCGGGGCCAGUGUUGGCUCCCCCGUCGCCUGGGGGCACCGCCUCCGUCGACGAAGAUGGCAGCGAUAGUAACAGCGACGACGAUGACGUGGGGCCCACACAUCUCGCCGAACCAGAACAUAAUGACGACUUUGGGCAAGAUCGACCAUUUGAAGAUUCUGAUACCAACUCUGUCAUCUCCUCGUUCGAUUUCGAAAAUGCACACUCGCACGCAUCCACUGCUGCACCCUCUGGUAACGAAGAAGGGACACAAUACUUCGACCCUACGCUUCCGCAGUAUCGUCCAGACUCCCAGGCACCUCUGUUUUCUAUCCCCGCUGAGCCUACUGUGGUGACCCCGGUGGAAAUCGAUGAAUUCGAUUCCGACCUAGAAGACUCAAUAUCAACGAGCCGGCAUUCCGAUCUCCCCGCUCAACUCCGACUCUCGCCCCGGACCACCUCCCUUCCUGCUCCCCUCUCUCCCCACUCCUCCCCCGAAGCUGAGGCUACGGCACCCAAGCUUCCCCCUUCUCCCAUGCAACCACUUCCACCCCCUCGCCGUAUCGGUGAACAGACACCUGAGACUACUGCCCCGCGCCGACCCUCGGCCAAGACCUUAGCUCGCUGGGCUUACCUUGAUCAGGUCGAGCGUGAGACCAAGGACCGGGGUGGUCACGGUGCCAGACUCAAUUUCGAGGAGUUCUCGCGCCGCAUGGCCGCUGACCGUGGACGACGACUAGCAUUUGUGGCUAGUUGGAUUGAGAUGGCUAGCUUUUAA